CGUCCCUACCUCAUGCAUAGAGCUGGGAGAAGAGCACGUUUAGCCGUUAGCACGAUUCAAAUACAUGAAAUAGGGGGGUUCGUGUGAAAAUUUGAGUGAUCUGACUAUUAACUUAGGAUCGUUAGGUAUUCAAGGUAAGACAAACAAGAUGAAGCUCAGUAGGUGUGUGAUAGGAAUGGUGCUUUUAUGGAGCUCCUGCCUGAUUCACUGCCAAGAAGAAGAUGGAUAUGAUUUUGAUACAGAUGUUGAAGUUGAAGGUGAAACUGAGAUGGAAACGGUGAGAGAGAAAGUGGUUGUGCAGUUUACUCCGCCACAGGUUAAGGGACCAACAUACUUUCAUGAGGCUUUUCUACAAGAAGCAUUGCUUGGAAAAAGAUGGGUGGUAUCAGCUGCUAAAAAGGAUGGAGUUGAUGCAGAUCUUGCCAAGUAUGAUGGUAAAUGGGCAAUUGAGGAACCAACUGACCAACCAUUACAGGGAGAUCUGGGUCUUACACUUAAGUCAAAAGCCAAGCAUCAUGCGGUUUCAGCCAUGCUUGAUAAGCAGGUCUUAUUUGAUGAGGAUCCCUUGAUAGUGCAAUAUGAAGUGAAGUUUCAGAAUGGCAUGGAAUGUGGUGGUGCAUACAUUAAGCUCCUUUCUCAUAGCGCCGAUUUAAAAUUGGAAAAUGUUAAUGAUAAAACUUCCUACACCAUCAUGUUUGGACCAGACAAGUGUGGAAAUGACCAAAAGCUACACUUUAUCUUUAGGCACAAGAAUCCAAUAACAGGGCAAUUUGAGGAAAAGCAUGCCAAGAAACCGUCCGGUAGUUUUGCUCAUGUAUUCACCGAUAAGAAAACACACCUGUUCACACUGGUGGUAAAUCCAGACAAUAACUUUGAAAUAUUUGUGGACCAGAUCAGUGUUAGUAGUGGAAACCUUCUUGAAGAUAUGACGCCUCCUGUUAAUCCACCUGAAGAAAUUGAUGAUCCUUCUGAUUCCAAACCUGAUGAUUGGGAUGAUCGAAAAAAGAUUGUUGAUCCAGAUGCCACAAAGCCAGAUGAUUGGGAUGAAGAUGCACCAGCUACUAUUAUAGAUGAAGAUGCUACAAUGCCUGAUGGGUGGUUAGAACAUGAGCAGGAAUUAAUUGAUGACCCUGAUGCAGACAAACCAGAAGACUGGGAUGACGACAUGGACGGUGAAUGGGAACCACCAAAACUGAAAAAUCCUCUUUGCGAAGACGUUGGAUGUGGCAAAUGGGAAAACCCAAGCAUUCCUAACCCUGACUACAAGGGCAAAUGGAAGGCACCUUUGAUUGAUAAUCCUGCUUUUAGAGGAGAAUGGAAACCUCAACGGAUCUCAAACCCUGAAUACUUUGAGGACAUGGAACCAUUUCGUAUGACACCAAUUGGCAUGAUUUGUUUGGAACUGUGGUCAAUGACUGAAGGUAUUGUGUUUGAUAACUUCAUCAUAACGUCUAGUCGUCAAGUUGCUGAUGAUUGGGCAUCAGACACAUGGCGAUUGAAACAAAAGCUGGAAGGAGUGUCUGGAUCAGCAGAAAGUGUUGUAUCUGGGUUAUUGGGAGCUGCUGAGGAUCGACCUUGGCUAUGGGCAAUCUACGCUCUAGUUAUCAUCAUACCGUUGUUUAUCUGCUUUAGAGUUUGUUUUCACAAGUCUUCCUCUGAUGGUGUAGACUCCAAGAAGUCAGAUGAUGUUAACACCGAGUCUGGUGAUGGUGAUGAUGAGACACAAGAGGGAGACAAACAGGAAGAAGGAGAAGGAGAGACUGAUGGAAGUCUCAGACAACGUAAAAGGGCAACUAAAGCUGACUUGGAGCAGUCUACUCAGCAAAAAGAAGCUGACGAAUCUGCAGAAGGAGCUGCUGGAGACACAACUAGGAAAUCACCAAGGAAAGGCAAGACACGAACACGUAAAGAGUAAAGUAGUGUUUUCUGAGUAUUGCUGGGGUGAGAUGACUAGACAUGUGGUUGUUACUGAUCAGUAUUG